GAAACAACUAUAUACAAUAAAAUAUUUUUAAUUUAAUAUUACAAAAUUAAAAAAUAAAAAACAAAUAAACAAUUUAAGCAACAAUACAAAAAGCAACAAAAUAAACCUAAAAUACAUUUACGUAUAUAUAAAAGAAAAAUUGAUUUAAAUAUUUAUGUACAUAUAAUAUACAUGUACAUAAAAAUAAAUUUAUAUAUAUAUAAAUAUAUAGAAAAUUUGAAAAAUAACAACAAUAAGAAAAAAUUAAAUAAAAAAGAAAACAAAAACAACUAAAAAAUUGGAUUAAGGAUUACAGCAGUUACAGGAUUGUCACAUGUGGGAGUAAUUAUAAUUUUUUAUAAUUUAAAAAAAAACAUAAAAACUCUAACAAAUAAAGGCGAAAUAAAAAAUCGGCACAAAAGAGAGCUUCCAAUUACUUUUAAACCGAAAUAAAAUUUUUUUCGCAAAAGUAGUUUUUUUUUUUUCUUUAUAAGGAUUAACACUAAUUAUAAUUAAUAAAUAAUUCAAAAAAAAAAAAAUAAACCAAAAGAAAUAUAAGAAAAAAGGAAUAAUAAAAAUAGAAAAGCAACGGUAUGGUUAGUGGAAAUCAACAAUCACAGCAACAACAACAGCAACAAUCGCAGUCACAACAAUCGCAACAACAAUCAAAUAAUCAAAAACAACAAAGUCAAACAAUUUCACAAAUAGGACAACAACAACAGCAGACAACUUCAUUGCCUUUGUCACCAUCUUCACUAACAACAACAGUUGCUGCUGUAUCAUCAACAACAUCAUCAGUUAAUUUAUCAUUAUCAGUAGCAUCUUCGUCGGGUAGUGUUGUAUCGUCACCACAAUCGCAAUCGACAACACAACAAACUCCGUUAAUCAACUCCAAUCAACAAUCACCAAUAAUAGGAAUCAAUGGAAAUAAUCCAUCAAAUAAUAACGCCGGUACUAAUAAUGGCGGUAACCAUGGUAGUAAUGCCGGCCUUGUAGGUGGUGGUACUUCAGCAGCAGCUGCUAAAAAUCAGUUAGAGCAAUUGAACACAAUGCGUGAAGCACUAUUUUCACAAGAUGGUUGGGGCUGCCAGCACGUAAACCAGGAUACAAAUUGGGAUGUUCCUGGUUCACCAGAACCAGCAAAUAAAGAUCCAACUGGUGGUCCACCAAUAUGGAAACCAAAUAUAAAUAACGGUACGGAUUUGUGGGAAGCAAAUUUACGUAAUGGUGGGCAACCACCACCACAACCAGUACAAAAAACACCAUGGGGACAUACACCUACAUCAAAUUUAGGUGGAACAUGGGGUGAAGAUGAUGACGGUAAUGAUGCAAAUAAUGUAUGGACAGGCGCACCAACAAAUCAAGGUGCAAAUACGGGUAGCGGUGGUAGUGUUACAGCUGGUGGUGCAAAUGCUGGUGGACCACAGGGUUGGGGUGCUCAAAGUGCAACAACUGGAGCAGGUACAGGUUCAGCACCAGCAAAUGCAUGGGGUGAUCCUCGUGAUAUGAGACCUACAACACUGGAUAUAAGAAAUGUUGAUCCUAGAGAUUUAAGAACCCCAAGUGGUGAUCCAAGAAGUGAUUUAAGGAAUGCUGGUAAUAUAAUUGAUCCACGUGAGCAAAUACGCGACUUACGCGGUGAUCCACGUGGAAUAUCAGGAAGGUUAAAUGGUACAUCAGCUGAAAUGUGGGGACAACACCACGCUUUAGCAGCAGCUGCAGCACAAGGAGGACAUUUACCAUUGAAUAAAAUGGUGGGACCCGGUGGAGCUGGCAGUACUGGUGGUGUCAUAAAUCCAAAUGUGGUUCCUGGUAGUGGUGUAGGUUCAGGUAAUACCACAUCGCAAUGGAAUACAAAUGCUAUAGGUGGAGUAAGUGCAGGAGUACCUAAGGAUAUUGCCAUGACAGCUGUUGUUGGUAGUAAAUUAUCAACUGGUUGGGGUGAUGAACCUUCACCACCCCCACAAAGACGUAAUUUGCAAAACUAUGAUGAUGGUACAUCAUUAUGGGGGCAACAGUCACGUGUUCCUGGUGGUGGUGUUGCAGGUGGAUCUCAUUGGAAAGAUAUUAAUGAUCCAAUGUCAAGAUCACAUUUGUUACGUGGUACAAUUGGUGGUGGACAAAAUUCUGGCGGAGCCGGUGGAAAUCCAGGUAAUGUUGGUGGACCAAUGCCAGGUCAAGGUAGACCAGGUGGACCUGGUGCUGGCACCGGUGGUCUUAUUGGUGCUGCAGGCACUGGUGGUCAAUUAAAACCAGAUAAUAUGUGGGGUCAUACUGCCGGCGGAGGUGGUCGUAAUAAUGGCGCAUGGGGUGAUGAUCAACAUGUUGGUGGAACAGCUAAUUGGGGUGAUAUUGAUAAAACGAAUAUGGGUAAUUUGAGUGGAAAUAGUACAGGUGGUGUAAGUGGUGGUUGGAGUGAUUCAUCAGCUUCAAAUGCAUGGAACAAAAAUCAGAAUAAACUUAAUUCAGCUGUUGUUAGUGGAGGAGGCGGUAAUACAACUGGUGGACAAGUCAGUGGCUGGCCAGACACAAGUGAUCUAAGUACUGAAUGGGGUUCAAUCCCACAACAUGGUGGUGUUAGCAAAUCUCAAGUUAUGAAUCUUAAAAAUAAUGAUAAUAUAUUGAGAACAACCAAAGCAUAUCGUGUAUUAACUGAAAUGGGCUUUAAAAAGGAAGACGUGGAAAUGGCUUUGCGUGCAACAAAUUCUAAUAUUGAUGAAGCUAUGGAGAUUUUGACGAGGCAAAAUAUAGAUGGAUGGCGCCGACAUGACGAUACACCUAGUAAUGUUGGUGGUAGUGGUAUUGGUGCGGGUGGUUUUGAUCAUGGUGGUAGCGGAUUCUCAACUGGAAGAUUUCCUUCUGGGCCACCAACGACUAUGCAAUUCCCACCGGUGCAAAAAUACCUUAAUCAACAAGGACCGCACAAUGUUGCAGGUGCAUUAGCUGCCGCACAACAGCAACAAUUUAAUAAUAGUGGUGGACCAGGUGGUCUUGGAGGAGCGACGCCAGGUAAUGCUGGUGGUAAUCAUCAAUCUGGUCCACCAUCUGCACAUCAGUUAAGAAUGUUAGUACAACAAAUACAGAUGGCUGUGCAGGGUGGUUACCUCAGUAAUCAAAUUCUAAAUCAACCCUUAGCGCCAACAACUCUUAUACUGCUUAAUCAAUUGCUCAGCAACAUUAAACAUUUACAGGGGGCACAAACUUCUAUCCAACGUAAUCCAAGUAUAAAUAACAAUUUGCAAUUAACUGUAGCUAUUACUAAAUAUAAACAAACAAUACAAAAUUUGCAAAAUCAAAUAAAUGCACAACAAGCAAUUUACAUAAAACAACAACAACAACAACAGCAGCAGCAACAACAAUUAGCUGUAGCACAACAAAAUCAACAAGCUGUUGCUGCUGCUGCUGCUGCUGCAGCUGCUGCCGCUAGUGUUGUAUCUCAUACAGGCGGUGGUAAUUUAGGUGGUGGUAGUGUAGGUGUUACUAGCAAUUCAGCUAGUGUUGGAUCAUCCUCUGAUUAUAUGAGAGGACAACAUGAUGCCAUAAGUGCUCUUCAAGGUAACUUCUCUGAGAUUAAUUUGAAGGACCAGUCCGGAGCAUUCCAAGGAGCUCCAAAUCAGCAAUCUAGACUGAACCAGUGGAAGCUUCCAGUAUUAGAAAAAGAUGUACCCACGGAUAGUACAGAUUUUUCGCGUGCCCCAGGUCCAACUGCUAAAUCUAUUUCAACAAAUUCUACUAAUAUUAACACUUUAGGAUUACAAAGUGAUGGAACUUGGUCUUCCGCACGUAUUGGUGAUGGAUGGCCUGAUUCUAGCAAUGAUAAUGAGAACAAAGACUGGCCAGCAGCACAGCAGUCACCUGCAACUGCAUUUACUGAUUUAGUUCCAGAAUUUGAACCGGGAAAACCUUGGAAAGGUUCCCAAAUAAAAAGUAUCGAAGAUGAUCCUAGUAUUACCCCAGGUAGUGUAGCUAGAAGUCCACUGUCUAUUAAUCCGACGCCAAAAGAAGCUGACCUCUUUGCUAAUAGCAGUAAAGCAUCACCGACUGAUUUACCCCCACUAAGUUUAUCUUCAUCGACAUGGAGUUUUAAUCCGUCUGGAAAUCAACAAAAUUUUACUAGUUGGUCUGAUAAUGUUCCACAACAAAGUGCCACUACAUCAGAAUUGUGGGCUGCGCCACAAUUAAACAAGACAUCACGUGGUCCGCCACCCGGGUUAGGUGCUAAUAAAUCUGCUGUUGGUAGCUCAAAUAGUAAUAAUAACGGUACUGGUAGUAACAAUUCAAAUUCAAGCAAUCCAUCAAAUGCAGGAAACGCAAAUGGUAGUAAUGCAAAUGGUUGGAUUGGAGCUACAUUGUCCGGCCGUGGUGCACCAAAUAAUCAAACGAGUUGGUCUGGAGCUAAUUCUAAUUGGAAUUCUACAUGGUUAUUGUUAAAAAAUUUAACUACACAGAUCGAUGGUUCAACCUUACGUACCUUAUGUAUGCAACAUGGGCCGUUAUUAAAUUUCCAUUUAUACUUAAAUCAGGGAAUCGCUUUAUGUAAAUAUGCAACUAGAGAAGAAGCCAAUAAGGCUCAAAUGGCUUUAAAUAAUUGUGUUCUAAGUAAUACAACAAUUUGUGCUGAAUCACCCAACGAUAGUGAAGUUCAGAAUAUAUUACAACACUUACCUGCAGGUAAUAGUAAUGGUAAUGGUCCAAACGUUGGUCAAUCACAAACUAGCGGAGGAGGCAAUGGAACUAGUGGGGGCGGUGGAAACCCCGGUGGACCAGGUGGUAGUAAUAACGGUAGUGGAAACGCAAAUAGUCAGUCUGCGUGGAGAUCACAAAAUCAACAAAAUCAAACAAGACCACCAGGAACUGAUGCUUGGAGUGGCUCAGUUUGGCAGCCAAACGCAUCAAGUAAUUUGUGGACAUCAUCAUUAGAUGGAUCAGCUGAACGUGGUACACCAUCGAAUUUAAGAUCUCUUCUACCUGGGGAUCUGUUAGAGUUAAACUAAGUUUACUUAAAUAAAUAAUUAAAUGAAAAAAAAAUAAAAAAAAAUAUUGUAUAAAAAUAAAUGAAAACAAAAAAACAAAUUAAAUUGUAAGUAAAGUACACCAAUAAAAAAAAUUAAAAAAGAGAAAAAUAAAGAAAAGAUUGAAUUAAGAGUGGCGGAUUGAUAUACUAUGAAUUCCAAAUAAUAUUUUUAUGUUGUUAUUAAAAAAUGAACAAUAAAUAGAAAAAUGUCUUAUUAUUUACUUAUUUAACAA